AUGCUUGUGGAUGUGGCAAAAUUCUGCUUCAUAUUUAUUUUGAUGAUCAGCAGCUUCUCAAUCGGUCUUGCCCAACUUUAUUGGUAUUAUGACCCAUACACACCUGUAUGCUUGGCACCGGAAAAAUGCCGACAGGAGCCUAAUGCUUUCUCCUCGAUAGCGAGUUCCUACCUCACACUGCUGUGGUCGCUUUUCUCGAUUACCAAAAUUGAAGAUACGAAUGUGAUUGAGGAUCACAGACUGACGCAGUUCGUGGGGAGUGCUAUGUUUAUCACCUAUCAUAUGACGUCGAUUAUCGUGCUCCUGAAUAUGCUGAUCGCUAUGAUGUCCCAUUCAUUCCAACGUGUCAAUGAUGCGGCUGAUCUGGAAUGGAAAUUUCAUCGGACGAAAUUAUGGAUGGCUCACUUCGAUGAGGGCUCUUCACUACCACCGCCGUUUAAUAUAAUCAUCACGCCGAAAGCUUUCUACUACUUCAUCUGCUCGAUAUGCAACAUCGCGAGGUGUAUUCGUGGCAAGUAUGUUAGGCGUGUGAAAAGCAGCACUCGUGCGACAAUCAGGGUGUAG